AUGCAUAGCCUCUGCUAUCCCUCGCAGAUCAAAGACCUCGCACCGAAGAUUAGCCACUACUUCCGUGUACGGAAGACUAAAGCAUGGUACUCUCCCCUUCGCAACCUUCCUACUCUUUGUUGCCCACCUCCUCGGAAUCAACUUCUGGCUACUCCUCGAUACAACCUCUUUGUUCUUCGCAUCAUUCACUCCUCUCUAGUCUGUCUUGGAAAUCUACCCACCCAAACCUUCACCGCAUACAUCGCCUUCCCACCGAAGACCUCCCUCUUCGAUAACCCUCUUCACCCUACGUCUAACCCUCCAACCCCUCAAUGCAGAGCUUCCCCUCUCACUGGAGCCCUCAAGUCCCCGAUACUCUACCCUCCUCCCUACUCUUCUCAGCCUACCCUUCGCCUCCUUCCUCCCUUCUUCUUAAACCUCUCCUUUGCCAAACCCUCUCAUAUAGAAGCCUUUCUUUUCACCCAAUUUUUUUUUAAUCCUCGUUUCAUUUUUUUAUACUACAAUCUUUUUGAGCCAUUUUUUUCAGCCCAUUUUUUUUAA